UUAAAUUCACAAGCUACAACAGCUAAAGUAAUCGAUAUAUUCAACAAGCAAUCUGAACGUGUGACAAAUAUUUGCGUCUCAUCGGAUUCACAAGUCCGUGUUUUUCGCUUAAUUUUCACCAAUCAGAAGCCUCCAAGCUCCAACCUUUCUUCAACCUUUCAACCAACAACUCCCUUCGAGAGCUCCUGCAACCAAAACCCAGAAAUCACGAGAAAGAAAUAGAAUCAUUAUCUCAGAAUCCAUGGCUUUUCCCUCUAAAUUCAAUGCCUUUAUCUCCUUUCUUGUAUUUAUUACGAUCACCCCAUUUUCUCAUUCGAUCCCCUUCGUUGUUAUCCAUGGGAUCGGAGAUCAGUGUGCCAAUCGUGGAGUCAAACGCUUCACUGAACUUCUCACUAACUUCUCUGGUUCUAAAGGAUAUUGUUUAGAAAUUGGAGAUGGGACAUGGGAUUCUUGGUUUAUGCCUCUUGAAGAACAGGCAAACGUGGUUUGUGAGAAGGUUAAGCAAAUGAAAGAACUGAGUAAUGGUUACAACAUAGUUGGUCUCUCCCAGGGUAACUUGAUAGCCCGGGGCGUUAUAGAGUUUUGCGAUGGUGCGCCACAGGUGAAGAAUUUUAUCUCUUUAGCAGGGCCUCAUGCUGGUACUGCUUCUGUUCCUCUGUGUGGUUCUGGUUUUCUGUGUCUGAUUGCGGAUAAGCUAAUCAAAUCGGAGAUAUACAGCGACUAUAUCCAAGCUCAUUUGGCACCAAGUGGUUAUCUAAAAUUGCCAAACGAUAUACUUCAUUAUUUGAAAAAAUGUCGAUUUCUUCCGAAGCUUAACAACGAACUCCCAGAUGAAAGGAAUUCUACUUAUAAGGAGAGGUUCACUGGCUUGCAAAACUUGGUACUUAUCAUGUUUGAGCAUGACACUGUUUUGAUACCAAAGGAAACAUCUUGGUUCGGGUUUUACCCAGAUGGGGCCUUCAAGCCUGUCAUUCGGCCUCAAGAUUUUCUAGUCGAUAAUUACUUACCGUUACCGAUGCAGACAAAGCUUUACACCGAGGACUGGAUCGGGUUAAAAGCCUUGGACGACGCAGGAAAGGUCCACUACAUUAAUGUCUCGGGUGGUCAUCUCGGAAUCUCCAACGAAGACAUGAAAAAGCAUGUUGUACCGUUCUUGAAGGAUCAAGUGUCAACGGCUGAUAGCGUUCGGAGUAGUUAUGUUGAAGUUUAUGAACCUCAUCGUAAGGUCAUGUUAAACCAUAAGAGAAAGGAAGCAGUGCCUUUGUUGCAGGAAAAAGCACCAUCCGAACUCGUACUCGAAGGAUCGUCAUCGUACCGGUGGCCCCCGUCGGUCCAAAGCUUCAUCGAGGAAUUACUUGGACUUACAGAAGAUUAAAGCCAUAUCAUUAUUAUUAUUAUUAUUAUUAAAUAAUUUUUUUACAGG